AUGGUGAAAGCCGUUGCUGUUCUUGGCUCCAGUGAGGGUGUUAAAGGAACCAUCAACUUCACCCAGGAGGGAGAUGGCCCAACUACAGUGACUGGAAGUAUUACUGGCCUCAAGCCUGGGCUUCAUGGUUUCCAUGUCCAUGAAUUUGGAGACACAACCAACGGUUGCUUGUCAACUGGACCGCAUUUCAAUCCUGAUGGCAAGCACCAUGGUUCCCCUGAAGAUGAGAUUCGCCAUUCCGGUGAUCUUGGAAAUAUCACUGUUGGGGACGAUGGAACUGCAAACUUCACAAUUAUUGACAAGCAGAUUCCUCUCACUGGGCCACAAUCAAUCAUUGGUAGGGCGGUUGUUGUUCAUGCAGACCCUGAUGACCUGGGCAAGGGUGGACAUGAGCUUAGCAAAAGCACUGGAAAUGCUGGUGGCAGGGUUGCUUGUGGUGCUUUUGACAUCUCUGGAAAUGGACGGUUAUCCAUGAAAUUACAUUGGUUUACUUGCAAAAUCUUGGUUUGCUUAGUUUCCAAUAGAAAUGAGAAGGCGAACUUGAAUUAA